AUGAUUUCCAAACGAGUCUUCAAGAGUAAGAAAAGUGACAGUGUAGUGUAUAACCAUUUCAAUCACAAACCAUCAAUUCAACACCCUACUUCAAUUCAAAUCACCAUGAAAACGACAACAACAACCGUCGUUCCCCCAUCAACGGCAGAAGUAAUCGACGUCGAAUCAUUUCAUCUCCCUCCGACCACCGCCAAAACCUCCACCCCCGUCGUCAUCGACCUUUCCGACGGCGAAGACGACGACGAACUCAGAAUUCUCAAUUUCGUUCCCAAAUUUAAUCCUUUACGAAAACGAAAAAGGAUCAACGUGGAAAAAGGCGAGUCUUCGUCUGCUAAUGCUAACACAAACGUCGUGCCGUUUAUCUGCGAAAUUUGCACGGAAACGAAAACCGCGAAGGAUGCUUUCUUCAUCAGCGGUUGUUCGCAUGCUUACUGUUCUGGUUGCGUCGCUUUGUACGUGAGUUCGAAGCUGGAGGAUAAUGUGAUCAACGUCAGGUGUCCUGUUUCUGGAUGCAGUGGUUUGUUGGAAGCUGAGGAUUGUCGUUCGAUUCUUCCGGUGGAGGUUUUUGAUCGGUGGGGGAAGGCGACGUGCGAGGCGUUGUUUGAUGUAUCGGAGAAAUUCUAUUGUCCGUAUGCGGAUUGUUCUGCUCUUUUGAUCAAUGAUGGGACGGAGGCUGUUAGGAAUUCGGAGUGUCCGAAUUGUAGGAAGAUAUUUUGUGCACAAUGUAAGGUUCCGUGGCAUGAUGGGAUUGAAUGCACUGAGUUUCAGAAGCUGAAUGCGGACGAGAGAGGGAAGGAUGAUGUUAUGCUGAUGAAGCUCGCCAAGGAUAUGAAUUGGAGGAGAUGCCCUAAUUGUAGGUUUUAUGUUGCCAAAUCGGAAGGUUGCUUGUUCAUGAAAUGCAGGUGUGGAAUUGCCUUCUGUUACAACUGUGGAGCUCGUCACCAAAAUCAUAGCAGCCAUUAUUGCAACAACUGUAAACACUGA